AUGGGACUUGAAGCAGCUGUAGAGGCCACAGCUGCUUUCUUGAACAAGGCAGCGAAGCCAGUCAUUGUCGGAGGGUCAAAAUUGCGAGUUGCGAAGGCUUGUGAUGCCUUAGUUAAAUUGACAGAUGCUUGUGGCUAUCCCCUUGCUGUGAUGCCAUCGGCUAAAGGAAUAGUACCUGAGCACCAUCGUCACUUUAUUGGUACUUUGGGGAGCUAUGCAUACAUAUCUGUCGGCCUUAUCUUCAAUGACUACAGCUCCGUUGGAUACUCACUCGUCCUCAAAACAGAGAAGGCAAUCACUGUGCAGCCUGAUAGGUGGUAUGUUAGCGCAACCCUUAGCUAUGCACAGUCCAUGCCAGAUAAGCGUGCAAUUGCUUGCAUUGGUGAUGGGAGCUUUCAGGUUAGCACUUGA